CGCUAAGUAACAGCUGUGCGCAAAGGAGAAAGACGAGGACCUACAAUUCACCGGUGGCGUGGUCAUCGCGUGUUGGAAGCAGCAGCCCACUCAUAGUGCAGACAUGGCUGGUGGUAAAGGCCGUGGUAUAGCUGCCUUCAGCUUCAACAUCGAAUCCCUGGGCCUCAGCAGGGGGAAUAUGCCUCAGACCAGAGAGGGGCCCAACAAGCUGUAUCCAGUGAGUAGUAUUAUACUGACUGCAUUUACCGGGCUUAUGGUCUCUGUUUCCUGGAAGUGGUCUCUGUUUCCAGAUGUGGAGUUCAAGCCUGUGCCCUUGAAAGAGGGAGAAGAUGAGGACUACAUGCUAGCCCUGAAACAGGAGAUAAGGGGAACCAUGAGACUACUACCCCACAACAUCAAGCCUCUGGCUGGGAAAGGAGAUGUGGAAAGAUACAAGGAGAGGUAUCAGAGGCAAAACAUGUUGGAUGAGGAGUGGACUCCAGACUGGCAGCUUUUUCCAAAAGAGCUCAUGCCUCAAAAGAAAAAGUUGAAUGUAAAACCAGUAGGCGCAAAGAAGAAACCCAUAAAGGUGUCAAGCAAAGAAAAAGCAGAUGUACUCAGUAAAUUAGAUGAACUUGAAAAGAAAGAUGAUGUAAAGUCAGAUGAGGAGAAAGAAGAAAAGAAAACUUCAGAGGAAGGAGAGGAGGAAGAAAUUGAAGGAGAGGAGUUGGAGGAGGAAUUAGAAGAGGAAAAUGACUACAUUGCCAGCUACUUUGAAGAUGGUGAUGAUUUUGGUGCUGGCAGUGACGAGAACAUGGAUGAAGGAGCCACAUAUUAACCCCAACUGUAUGUAUGUUAUCUCAAGAGCAUACAGUAUUUAAAAAGCCAGAAGAAUGUUGACUGUCACUCUUCCAAAUGCAUUUCCCCCUGCAAAUCAUGAUUUAUUGUUUACCAAAUAGCUGUUGGCUAUAUGACUAACACUGUCAUCAAGUUCACAUAUUUUGUUUGAACCUACAUUUACAAUGUGAGAAUCAUCAAGAUGUGCUUGUGUGAUUUGAAGUGAGUUUGAGUUUAAAUACUGUAAGUGGCUCUGUUGUAAAUAAGUGUAUAAACAAAUUAAACAAACAUGCAAAGUC